UCCAUUAGUACAGAGGCACAACGCUAUCAACCGGCUUCGAAGCAGUUGUUUGGGCGUUUCCUGUUUAGCGUGCAACGGGACUCUCGAGCUGCAGAAACCAGUAUCAGCCUGCAUAUAAGGCAAAAGCUACUGAUACGUGCUCUGCGACACGAUUACUCCAGCGGAGCAUGGGGCAAGCUCGUUGGGGAGCCCCCAACGGGCGUGUCUUGAGCCCAGCGCAGUGCUGAGGGCUUGAUUGCAUCACAUCAAAGCACAGGGAACUCUGCGACACCCAGCAGCGGCCUUUUGAGGACCGGUCGCAGCCAUGGCUGGAAGUCUGACAACCUUCAGCACGGACCUGGGUGCCCUGCGCACGCACGAUGCGAUCCAGGGGCGCCAGACAAAGCUGGUGGAGGCUGCGAAGCGCCUCAUGCAGUCAGAGCAGAUGGUCAACAUGCUCCAGGAGGCGGGUGUGGCGCUGCCAAGCAUCGAGGAGCUGGAGGGCCCGAGCCGGCACCAGACCCGCAUCCUGGGCGCCGCCGGGCCCGGCGCAGCCGGCAGCGGCGGCGGCGGCGGGCGAGGCGACUGGCGCUCCGCCCUGGGACGCAACGUCCACGUCCACCACCCCACGCCGGGGGAGGAGGGCGCCGCCGCAGCCGACGAGGCCGCCGCCGCCUCGCCGGGCGCAGACGGCGCCGUGCCUGCCCCUCCGGCCCUGCAAGGGCCCCCCAGCCCGAGCCGACUGAUGGGGAGCGCCCCGCAGUCGCCGACCAAGCGGCCGCCCACAGUGACUGGGCCGUCCGGUUCGCGGUUGGCGGGCCGGCUGGGGGCGGCUCUGGGCGGCGCUGGCGAGGGCGGGGCGGAGGAGAUGGAGAAGAACCCCAUCAUCAGGCGGUUGAAGAAGCUGAAGCACAAGGUGCUGUUCGGCAAGGUCGGCGAGAAGGCGUACGCCAGGUACCGGCAGACGCUGCGCGCCAAGACCACGUGGCGCGACAUCCUGCGCCCCAACGUGGCCAAGGGGCGGGCGGGCGCGGUGGCGGGCGGCAACAGCGUGCCCGGCUUUAGCGAGCUGCUGGACAGCGCGUUCACGGAGGAGCAGAAGCAGGAGGUGCGGCACUACGCGGCGCAACUCAUCCAGCAAGCCUGGCGCGAGUUCAAGAAGCAGCGGCAGGACGCGAUCAUGAAGCACGUGCGGGAGUACGAGAUUGGGCACUACAGCAAUUGGAGCGACGACGACUCAGUCGCCACCGACGACCUGCCGGACUGGUGGGGGGACGGCAGCGACGACGACGAUGAUGACGAGGCGGGCGCGGACGGCAAGAAGAAGAAAAAGAAGGGCGGCAAGAAGGGCAAACUGCCCAAGGGCGCCAAGGGCGAUGCCUCGUUCGUCAAGAAGCGUGCCGUGCUAUUGGCUGUAGCAGGCGCCAUGGAUGAAGAGACCAUGGGCGAGGCUGUAGCAGCUGGCAAGGCCAAGCGGGAAGCCAAGAAGAAAGCCAAGGCCAAGAAGAAGAAAAAGGAGGCGGGCGGCGGCGGCGGCGAGGAGGAGGAGGAAGACGAGGAGGGCGGGGCGGGCAGUGCGCGGAAGGGAAAGAAGGGCAAGGGGAAGGGAAAGCCGAAGGGCAAAAAGAAAAAGGGGGACCGAGAGGGGGGCGAGGUGGAGAGCGAGGAGGAGGAAGAGGAAGAGGAGCAAGAAGAAGACGAGGAAGACGAGGAGGAAGAGGAAGAGGAUGACGACGACGAUGAGGAAGAUGAAGAAGAAGAAGAAGAGGAGGAGGAAGAAGAGGAGGAGGAGGUGGCUUCUCCCAGCGGCCGCGGAGCCAAGUGGAAAAAGAAGUUUGCGGCCAAGGCAUCUGAGGCGGAGGAGGAGGAGGAAGGAGCCGAGGGUGGUGCCGGCGGCAAGAAGGGCGGCACAAAGAAGGGUGCCAAGAAGAAGGGCGGCAAGAAGGGCCGAACUGGCGGCGACAUCGACGGCGAUGGUGACGGUGCGGAGGGCGAGGGCGGUGAGGGCGAGCUCUCUCCAUCCGGCAGGCGGCGAGCGGCCCCCGGCACCGGCGACGGCGCUGACGACGGUGCUGAGCUAGGGGCCGACGGCGCCGCAGCCGACCCCGAAGCAGCGGCGGCGGCGGCCGGCGCCGCUGGCGCCGACGGCACUGCCGCAGGCGAGGCCGGAGGCGGCGCAGCUGCGGGUGGUAGGGGCAAGCUGAGCUCCAAGGACAGCGGAAAGAAGGGCACCGGAAAGAAGGCUGCCGGCAAGAAGGGCGGGAAGAAAGGCGGAAAGGGGCGUAGCCGCGCGCUGGGCGGCGGCGGCGGUGAUGGGGACGCGGACGGCGAGAGCGGCGGCGGCACGGGCCGGCGGCACGAGGUGCCGGACUGGAGCAAGGUGGGCCACUCCGCGGGUCUGUUUGAAGUGACCACGGACCCGGAGAAGCGCGCGGCGCUGCUGGCGCGCAUGAUGAAGGAGGGAGGGCCCGAGUGGAAGCCCGCGGGCAUGGUUGCGGACUGGCACGCGGCCUCGCUGUCGCUGUACGACGGCGCCGACCCUGAGAAGCGGGCGGAGGCCAUGGCGCGAGUGGCGGAGAACCACCCCGUGUGGAAGGCGGCCGGAGCUGGCGGCUCGGGCCUGUCGCCCUACGACCGAGGGCUGUGGGACGGCCCGGUGGACGACAAACCGCGCGGCAAGCGUGACACCUCCGUAACCGGGCCCUCCUGGCGGCCGGCGGGUAUGGCCAAGGAGCAGUACGUGUCCUACUACAUGGGCGGCCUGGACAGCCCCAGCAGCAGCUCCACAGAUGAUGAGUCGGUGGAGACGCCGGAGCAGCGCGCCGCACGCCGGGCCGAGGCCAAGGCCGCGCGCGCAGCCGCGCGGGAGGCCAUCCUGGCGCAGCGCGCGGCGGCCAUCGCGGCGGCGGGCGGCGCGGGCUCCGCCACCGCAACCGAUGCCGCCCGCGCUGACGCCAUGGCGGCUCUGAAUGCCAAAUACAAUGCCCGCAAGCCGUGGCGCUUCACGGGCGCGGCCGCCGCCGCCGAGGACGCGCUGGCUAGCCCGGGCGGCAACGUGCCGCCGGCGCAGCGGUUCGCCAACAUCACCCGCGAUGACAAGCCCGGCGGCGCCAAGCCCUGGAAGUACACGGUCCGCCAGCCCGACUCCAUGCGGCUGGGCAGCAUGUGGGGCCCCUACCAGGACCCCCAUGUCAGCCCCUUUUUGAGGCCGCGCGGAGCCGCCACCAUGGGCGGCGCCAAGGCCGGCGGAGGCGCGACGAGCGGCGAUGAGCACACGCCCAGAGCGGUUUCGGACGGCGGCGGCGCGCACGGGCUGUCCUCCGCCCGCUCCCUUAGGCGGCAGGCAUCCUUCUCCCGCCGCGUGCGUCGUGCCACGGAGGGAGACGAGCCCAAGGAGGGGGAAGAGGGCGGCGCCGAGACGGAGGGCCCAGAGGGCGCGGGGGCGUCCGCCAGCGCCAGCCACUCCUCACCGCGGCGGGCGCGCAGCCAGCAGCACCUCGCGAUCAGGCGAGCCAUGUCGGCAAGGGUGGCGCGGGGGCAGCACCCGCACCCGGAGGCAGCGGCCAUGUCGCUGCCGCAGGUCCACAUCGGCUUGGAACGAUCGCGCGGCAACGUGGCGGUUGUGCCCAGCCUGUACGUCAUGGAUCCAGACGCAGUGGCGGACGCUGAGAUGUACGGCGGUGGCGGUGGCGGCGGCCUGGAUGGAGAGCUGUCUACGGCACGGCUAGGCGGCGGCGGCGGCGGUGACGGCGGGCUGACGCCGCGCGGGGGCCGGGGGCCGCAUGUUGUGGAGCUGGGAAAAGGCUUCAGUCUGAACGGCAGGUCGGCGCUGUCACGCAACAAGUCCGGAGCUGGCGGCGGCGGCGGCGCGGGCGCAGCGGAAGGGCAGUACGGUGACGAUGGUGGCGGCGGCGGCGACGGCGAUGAGCUAGGCGAGGAGGACGAGUUGUAUGAUGGAGAGGAGGGCCCGUCUGGGACGGGUGGGGUGUCCGGGCUGGCGCGUGGGCGCGUGUCGUUCACGGUUCGUGGCCCGCCCGAGCAGCCCGACGAAGGCGGCGACGGCGACGGCGACGGCGCGACGCCGCUGGAGCUUCUGACCGGCGCCAUGGCGCACGGCAUGACGUCGCUGCAUGCAACACUGCAGCAGGCGGCGGCGGCAGGCGGUGACGGCGGUGAUGGUGGCGGCGGCGGCGGCGCCGGCAUGGGGGAGGCGGCGCCGGGCGGCGAGGCCUCUGGCUACUACUCCGCCGCGCCGUCUGCGGAGCCCAGCGGCUUACUGGGCCCAAGCGCUUCCUACUACUCCAACGGGACCGGUGCUGACGGCGACGGCCCUAGGGGCAGCUACUCCGGUGGCUCCCCGCACCGCGGCCGCGGCGGCCGCGGCGGCGGUGGUGGCGGCGGCGGCGGCGGCUCGCCGCCGAAGCGCGUGUGGUCGGCGCGCGGCACGGGCGCGUUCACGGCCGCCGGCGUGCAGCCCUACCCCAUAGACCCCGAGCUGCUGCGCCACCUCCCGGCAAAGGUGCAGGCGCAGGCGGCGGCGCGCGCCUCGCGCGUGCGCUCCAUGCCCGGCUCCCCGCGCCGCGACAGCUACGGCGGCGGCGGCGGCGGCGGCACGAGCGGGCAGCUGCCGCAGUUUGGCGGCGGAACGUUUCUGACUGGAGAGUCGUCGGCGUUUUCGUUCUCAGGAACGAUGGCAGCUACGGCACUGCUGCCGGUGGCGGAGGCGUCGGGACUGCUGGCGGCGCAGCCGUCGACGUUGGCGUUGUACGGCAAGGAUGGCGGCGCCGCCGCCGCCGCCAGCCCGUACAUCAUCAGCGCUGAGCCGUCGGGCUCGCUGGCGGUGGCGUUGUACGGCGGUAUGAUGACGACGGGCGUAGGCUACGGCGCCGCCGUCACCGGCGCUACCUCGGGCUCGGCGCCGCAGCCGUUUCUGUUCAGUCAGGAAGACCUGCCGCCGCUGCCAGCCAUUCUGCAGGACCCCCGCGCCGCCGAAUUCCUGGCCUCCCGCGGCGCCCAGAUGCUGGCGGCGCGGCGGCAGGCUGCCAAGGGCGCGGCUCGGCCCGACCCGCGGGCCCUGUACGAGUUGAUGUUCCUGGGGCCGCGGGUGCAGCAGCAGCGGCAGCAGCAGUACCGCGCAGCCACCGUGGCGGCUGGCGGUAAAAAUGGAGGAGCGGGGGGAGGAGGAGGAGGGGCGGGGGGAGGGGGAGCGGAGGGAGGAGGAGCGGCAGCGCCGCGUGGCAAUGGGGCGCAGCAGGUGACGAGCCCCAGGCGCCGCCCCGUGCCGGCGCCGGCGCCGGCAGCGGCCGCCUCGCCAGCGGCGCCAGCAGCGCCGGUGGUUGCCGCGGUCACGCCAGCGGCGGUCGCCGCGGUGGCAGCCGCCCCUGCCGUGGCGGCGCCUGGCGGCGCACCGGUCCCCCUGUCGCAGGUCAAGCUGCCAUCCAGCCACCCGCUGGCACGGAUGUACAACAUGCACGGCGUGGAUCCGAAUCCGUACGGGCAGUACACGUGGUCGCGUGCCGGCAAGCCGUACGGACCCCUGGGGCCCACGGAGCCGCCGACGGCGUCUUCGUCAACAAAACAGCAGGGGCAGGGGCAGCAGCAAGCAGGUGCGGGAGGAGGAGGAGGAGGAGGCGGUGGCGGGACGCGGCAGCUGCCGCCGGUGCGUGCCGGGUCGGGCGGGGCGAUCCAGCAGCUACCCAGCGGGCAGCAGGCGGCGACGCCGCCGCCUCUGCUCCAGCAGUCCUCCCCGCCGCGCACCCAACGCCACCAGCAGCACCAGCACCACCAGCACCACACGCCCAGCACCUGGCCCGAGUCGCCGCCGCUCGGCCACACCUCCGCGCACCAGCACCAGCUUCACCACAACAACGCGCCCGCCUCGCCACAGUCUACUACGGCCAUGUCGGGCGUCGCCUCGCCCUCCCAGCUGCCGCCGCUGCCCCCAGGCAUGGCUCCCUCCGCAUCCGGAGCCAACCUGCUCCGUCGCUCGAUGCCGGCAGGCAUGCUGGGCGCUGAAGCUCAGCACGCACUUGCCGUCGCCGCCGGCGGCAGUAGCACCAGCGGCCUGCCACAGCCGCUACUGCCGGCGGCGCAGCCUCAGGGCUACUACUCCCCCUACGUGCAGUACACAGUGUCUGUGGACCCGGCGGCGCUGGCCGCAGGCGGGCAGCAGCAGGCGGCAGUAGCACCGGGCGGCCCGCCGCUGCUACUGCCGGGCGGCUGGCAGUUUCCGGUGGACCCGCUGCGUCACAGUGUGGACAUCGGGGCUCUGAAUGCGGCCAUCCGUGCCGGGGCAGGGGCAGGGGCAGGAGGAGCAGGGACAGGGGGAGUGGGCGGCGCAGCCGGGGGAGCAGCGGCCGCUGCCGGAGGCCUGAACGCUUCACUGCCUGCCAUCAGCAGGUCUGGCAGCCGGGGCGACGGCCGCGGCGGCCCCGGGCAGCCGCAGCCGGCGUCUGACCCAGCCCUGCCGCUGCCGCAGGUCGCGUGGGCCGGCAGCACUGGCACUUGGGCAGGUGCUGCAGGUGCUGCAGGUGCUGCAGGUGCUGCAGGGGCGGGGGCUGCAGGGGCAGGGGCUGCAGGGGCAGGGGCUUCGCAGCAGGGCCUGCCGGGCGCUGACGGCAGCGCUAGCGCCGGCGCUGGCAUGGACAGCGGUGCUGCCGGCACCACCUUGCCCCGACUGGGGCCUGCAGAGCUCGCAGCUGCUGCUACUGCUGCUGCGGGCGGCCGGGCAGCGGGAGGUGGCGGGGUGUCGCCGUACUUGGGGGGUGGCGGCGUGUCGCCGUAUCUGGGAGGUGGCGGUGCCGGUGACACGGUGGCACGGCGGCUGCCCGCGGUGCCCGGGCCUGUUGGGGCUGCGCCGCAGAAGCGCGGCGGGCCGCCGCUGGGGCCGAACGGUAGCCGAAUGGACGUGGCGCCGGGUGGUGACGUGCAGGCAGGUGGCGGGGGAAUGGCGGACGGGGGCGGGGGUGCGACGCAGCGACGGCGGCUGAAGGGGCACCUCAAAGUGGGGCGGGCGCCGCUUGGGGCGCCGCUGUCUUCGCGCACGCCCGAGCGGCCUCCAGGCUGACAUUGACACCGUGAUUUUGGCUAUGCAGUGACGAGUGCGUACGGUAAUGUCGGGUGGUUGUCGACUUGUGUUGACUCUGGUUCAGGGUGAGCGAAGGCUUGCAUCAUCAUGCGCACACCUACCGUAGGAACGCAGAAUGCAGGAUUGCAGGAUGUAAUGCAGCGUUUAU